GUUGUCGUUGACCACCAUGUCGGUGAACCGUCUUCCAGACGAAAUUCUGCAGAUAAUUCUGCAACAUGUUCUCCUUGAUCCUGAUCCUCGUCUCAUCUGCACCACCUUGUCUCCUGCACAAUGGGACUACACGCUCAUGUUCCAGUUCAUAGCUCCCCGCGACGUUGUGCGGGCCAGGUCGCUGCUACAAGUGUCGAAGCGGUGGAAUCCAAUCGUUCUACAAUUCCUCUAUGCCUGCGUUAUCAUCUCCAAGGUUCAUCACGCAUCGGAUGUAAUCACGCGUGUGAAAAGUGAGCCGGUGCUCGGCCGGCGCAUCAAAUCACUUUGGAUGCACGCCGGGAACUUGCAGCUGUGGACGGACAUCGUCUCUCAUACGCACAAGAUCACGCUAGUGUACUUGAACAUCGAUGCUCUGGAGGGGUCGGAAGAAAUAGCACGGGCGUUUCUGACCUCCCUUAACCCAGAGACGGUGUACCUGCACUGGACACAACGGCGCGGACAACCUUGGAUUUCAUCUGUCCUAUUGGCGUGCGUAAGAAUGUUUUGGACCAAUAUGGUGUGUGGUCUACUUUUGCCUCCGGACGUCCCAAUGCGUGCUUAACAAGUUCAGCGCCAUCUUUACCUGAAUAAGGAUUUCAUCGAUCUCAACAACCUGCUUGAAUGUUUUCGCACUUCGAACAGUCCUCACAAGCUUGAAAAGCUUGUAGUUGACGAGGGAUCCCUCCGGAACGCGAAAGCAAGACUAGGAGCAGCACACAUUGACCUUGUGUCGCAUCAAAACUGUGGGCGUCUGUAGAACGAUACUGCAUUUCAUAGAGAAUGGGUGCGGACCAUCUCAACAAAUGCAAGCCUUAUUAAGCUAAUGUUCUAUCUUCUACCAUUCAGUCAGUCCAUGUGUUAGAGCCGAUUGCGAGCUUUCCAUGUUCAUAGUUGUAUACAAGGCAUCUAUGUCUUAUGUUAGUACAUCCAUGUAACUGCGUUUCAUUCAAUCAAGUGGCUGAGUGUACCAUCGGUGGCCUGCCUACGAAGCUACCGAGGCGGCAGU